GACAGGACGGGACAGAGCGGUGCUGUGAGGAGCCCCUGCACAGCGCACUCGUUCCUGUCUGACCCAGAGCUUUUCCUAAGCGUUACUCCUGCAGGUGACCUUGUGGAAAGACUGCAGGACUUGGUGGCCCGUGGCCUUCCCAAGGUUUCUCUUUUGCAGGAGCAGUCGCGGCCAGACCGUGGGACUUGCUGACCCGAAUUGUUUACAAGGAGUCUCCUGUCCCUGUAGCAGGAGCCCUCAAGACCACAGUGCAGGACUUGCUGUCCUGCAGCUUUCCUGAGGCUUCUCUGUCGUGGGUGUCUUCAAGGCACAACUGCACGACUUGUUGCCUCACAGCUUUCCCGAGGCAUCUCUCUAAAAGGUGCCCUCUAGGCCAGACUCUGCCAUGGCAGACAGAUUUCUCAACCUCUUCAAAGUGUUCAGGAGGAAAAAGAAGAAAGGUGCUGGAGUUUCCCCACCACAACAGCCUGAAGAGCCUGCAGAGCCAAUGCAGGAUGGCGCAGCCAUGGAACGCACACAAGAGCAGGACACCGCCCGUGGUCGCUUCCGCAGAGCACUGAAGAUGUUGCGGAAGUUUGUGCUGAUUCGACGUAGAAAGACCAGCACAGCAACAGAGGGCACAGCCGAGCCUGACUCCAGGCUGACCGAGAUCCAGGCAGAGCCUGAUGUCAGCCCAGAUUUGCCUCAGUCUUUGAGGCCAGCACAGUGUGGCAGGGAGAGAAGCACUUCUUGGAGGAAGCUGGCGAGUUGCUCCUUUGGACAACGCUCCAAGUCUUCACCAUGCCUCCCCCAGGUACCAGCCAUGGUGAAAAGCAUUCACAGGAGUCUGAUUUCCCAUGCCAUUGUGGAUGUUAGGCUGCAAAUUGACAUUGUGAGGUUGGCUGAAGAACACCCUGCUGACAUGGUGCUGACCCUCCUGCGCUGUGCCCCAACGUGUGACAGAGCUGCUGUAAUGAUGUGGAGAACCAUAGGCCCAUCAAAGUCAACAGUGGAGAAGAUGCUGCCAACUCUGCUCUGUGUGAUGGAGGACUGGCCUCUGCACAGAAUGUGCACCUCGGAUGGAGACAACAAAGAUGUUUUUGCCCUGGCUGCAACUCUGGCACUCCGGGCGAUUAUCCAGGUGCCCAAGUGCCAUGAGGCAAUGGACAUUUAUGCCCCCCACCUCCUCGUGGCUCUGCUAGUUCAAAUUUUCAACAGCACCAUAUAUGGAACUGAGGAGGUAGACAGCUUUUGGACACAAUGCCAGGCAGAACACAACCUUCAAACAAACCCCAGCAGGUUUGCAGUGCAGACCAUGAAGUCCCUGCUCUUCCGACUGCGGUGUGACAGUGUGGUGAUGGCAAUGGAGCGCAAGCAUGGCUGGGACACGCUGCUGUGUGCUGACACCCAGCACUAUGCUGUGGGUCUGCUGGCCAGGGAGAUGCGACACAUCCUGAACCCCCUCUGUUCCCGCACUGCAUGCCACCUGCUCCAGCUUCUAGACACGGAGAAGCCACGCUGGGACCUGCCCUUCCUGGCAUUCCUUGUGGAGGUCUUUGAGUGCUUGAACUUAAUUAAAUAUGGUGACAACAUCCUUGAGAUCAUAUCAAGGUACCUGCAGAGUGAGUGCAGGGAGAGGUGUCGCCUGGUGCUCAGAGGCCUUGUGGUGCUCAGCAAGGAUCCCUCGAUGGCCAGAAGAAUGUGCAGCCUGUCUCAAAACCUCCUGGAGCUGCUGGGUGAUGCAGAUGGAGAGCUGGUUGGCAUGACCCUCUGUGUGUUCAUUAAUGCGCUCCAGGACAAAGACGUCCUGAUAUCCAGCACCACCUCCUUGAAGCUGGCUGAAGCACUCUUGAUGCUCUUUGACAACGACAACAGUCAUGUGCAGGUGCUCUCCCUUGACCUCUUCUUCAAGAUGAUGCAGUUGGUAGUAGAUGAGGGGAAAAAGCUGCUAAUGAAGAUUUUGAGCCAGAGCCUACUCCCACUGUUCUUGCACUGCCAUGAGGAGAACGAGCACGUGGCGAAGGCCUCUCGGGAAGUGCUGCAUUGUGCAGUCGGGUUCUUGAAGAAGACGGACCUCCAGCAGGCGUUGGAUACAGAGAACCUGUGGAAUUUCGCCGAGUGCCUGCUGGCAGAGGACAGGAGCCGAGCGGCCGAGCACCUGCGCCAGGCGCUGCCGUACCUGGACAGCCCGCAGGAGCCCCUGCGAGAGGCGGCCGUCAGGUUCAUGGGUGAGCCCGGGCUCCCUCCCCGCCCCGCCGCAGCUCGGCCCCAGCCCCGCCUGCUGCCCCGGCAGCUUCUGCCAUCCGGGCCCGGCGCCGCGGAGCCCCGGCUGCCCUCGGGGCUGCUGCCGCCCUCUCGCAGCCGGGCCCUUGGGCGGCAGCGUGCGGCAAGGGCCCGGGCUGAGCCCUGCCGGGCCGCGAGGGCGAGUGGUCACAGGGCUGGCAGCGCCGCCGGCAGGGAGCUGUGCCGCUGGGCAGAGCUGUGA